AUGAAUCCUUUGCAUUACUCUCGCAAGAGAUACAGAAGAUCAGGCCCUCAAACCACCAGGGGUUACGUGUUUCUGAUCAUCAAAGUUUCGAUUCUAGUGGCUCUCUGGAGUGGCUUCACAUUGGUCCUCCUUUCGCACAAAUCGGAUGGGGUCACCAAAACGAUGGUGACCGUGAUGCCCAAUAAGACGGUCCUCAGGGAUGUUAAAAUGAAAGAGAAACCCGUUCAGAUAAUCCUCGAAGGAGCCAUUUGGUCCUAUCCCACUAAUAAGUUCCGAAAAGCACACAAAUUUCCAGCCGUCGCAGUUCGUUUGGAGUGGCGUGAUGGGAAUAUGAACUUUAGCUAUCGACGAACAGGCAAGUGGAUGGUUUAUUUAGCUAAGGAUAAGACAAAAAUGGAACCAGUUCGAAAGAUCUUCAAGUUUCACCCAUUGCUAUGGAGUAAUGAAAAUGAAAGUAUUAUGACUAAGCAUAUUUCGAAAAAUGUUUCUGAUGAUCCAAUGCCAAAAUGGUCCUAUGCCAAGACGGUGAUUUCCUUGGAGAGCAUGAGUGAGGAACCAGUGGGUUUGCUUAUGACUGUGAAUAAUUCACCUUUGCAUGUGAAUUCUUUGUGUGUCAUGUACGCGGCCUUUUUAAUUAUCGGUCUCUUAAUAAUGUUCAUCUGGGAUUUAGGGGAUCGAACCUUGUGCACCCUACUAACAACUUGUGCCGCUCUGGCCACACUAACAGUUGUGGGCAAUAGACCAAGUUUUAAACAAAUAAUGUCCUGGGUGGAUUUUGAGACUCUGAUGUUGCUCCUCGGGAAUAUGGUAAUGAUGUCCCUAAUGGCGGAGACGGGAUUCUUCGAUUACUUGGCUGUUGUGGCCUAUAGGAUAUCCAAGGGUCAUGCCUGGUUGCUGAUUGCCCUUCUGGGGGUGGUAGUAUCUCUAUGCUCGGCUUUUCUGGAUAAUGCCACUGUGGUCCUGCUCUUUAGUCCCGCUGUCGUUCGACUCUGUGAAGCGAUGGCCGUGAGGACAACGUUGGUUUUAGUAAUCAUCGCCUUAUAUGCGAAUAUCGGGGGAUCCGUAACCCCAGUGGGUGGACCACCCAAUGCUAUUAUAGCCAACAAUCCGAGCGUGGCCUCUGCCAUUGAUAUAAGCUUCAUUCGAUUUUCGCUACGAAUGCUUCCAGCGGCCGUGAUUUGUAUGAUAGCCGUAUUUGGCAUAUUCUACAUGACCAUGAAGGAGAGGAUCUUUAUGCUGGAUCAGAAUCAAAUAGAGUUGGAUCAGAAGAGGCGGGAUGAGAUAAGACCCAGAUUUGAUAUCCAGCUGCGGAUUGCCGAACUGCGAAGAAAUCAGCCAAGAAGGCCGUGGCUUCAACCGGCUUUUAACUAUUUUGAGACCCUGGCAACCCUGGAGGCGAGUAAUAGGAUUCGCAAGAAGAUGCUCCUGGUGCAAUCCCUUAUGGCCCUUGGAUUUGCCGCCUCCUGCUUUAUCUUGACAUCGGUGCCCUCGGCCAUUCCCGGAGCAUCUUUGGGCUGGAUAUCCAUAUUGUCUGCCUUUCUGCUGCUCAUCAUGGCCGAUAAGAAAGAUAUGGGUGAAACCCUGGGCCGAGUGGAGUGGGGUGUAAUGCUAUAUCUCGCCUCUUUCUUCGUUCUCACCGAGGUGCUAGUCCAACUCGGACUAAUCCACUGGUUGGGCCAAAAGGCGGUGAAGGUGAUGAAAACAGUGGAUUGUCCAUAUCAGACCAUGAUCGGAAUGCUCCUGAUCCUCUGGAUUUCGGCCCUGAUGUCAUCGGUUAUCGAUAAUGCUGCGGUUGCGACCAUAAUGGUGAGGCUGUGCAUCGAUAUGGCCUUCGAUGAUGGGGUGAAUGUGAAGAUAAUGCCUCUGGUUUGGGCCACCUGCUUUGGAACCUCUUAUGGGGCCAAUGGAACGCUUUUGGGAUCGUGUGCUAAUGAAUUUGCAGCAGUGGUCGCCAGGGCCUACGGCUACGAGAUCAGCUUCCGGGCAUUCUUCAGGGUAGGUUUUCCCAUCAUGCUCCUGACCAUCGUCAUCUGCACUCUGUUCUUGAUGAUCGCUGAUUCCGUUCUUUCCUGGCAAUAG